CCAUCUCCCGCUUUCUUUCUUCCUUCCCCUCCUCGUUUGUCUACGCGAGUAAAAAGUAACAAAAGCAUAGCAGCUGCCUAUGCACGCGUCGACGAGGACAGCCAGGUAGUAGCAAGCGAUGAAGAAGCUCUUCAAGACUCACAAGACGGCAGACGAUGAGAGAGACAGAGACAGAGACAGAGACAGGGACCCUCCUACAAGGGAACGCGCCAUCUCGCCUUUUACAGUCGUCCCCGCCCCGCCGUCGCCAGAUGCUGCCGGGCAGUUCCACCCCCAGCAACAGCCGCAGCAGCAGAUCUACCAGCAGCAACAGGCUGUGCCCAGAGAACAACAACGCAAUGGUGGCCUGUCUGAUAGAGAUCGCGCACGCGAGAAGAUGUAUCGCAAUUCCGUCGCUGCCUACCCCUCCGCUGACGACAUUUCGAGUUGGGAGCUCAUCCAGAUGCAUGGCCAGUUUGCGCAGUCGCAUCCCUAUAGACAGCAGAAGCAGCAGCAGCACGGACACGGGCUGGGCGGCGCGACGGAUAGAGAACGCUCAGCGUCGCUUGCGAGUCUCUCCGGUCUCACCGGGAAUAACAUGAACAACAAGAACAGUAAUAUCGAUAACAGUAACAGUAAUACCAGUAGUCCAGGCAUACUGCCCAACCCGCAUUCUCCGCAUCAGCCUCAGUACACUCAGCAGCAGCAGCAGCAGCAGCAGCAGCAGCAGCAGCAGCAGCAGCAGCAGCAGCAGCAGCAGGUGCAACAGCAACAAGAACGGAUACCGUAUACGUUACCCCAGGCACAACCCACAUCGCGUACUUCGUCACUCAACUCCCUCCCGCCGGGCGCGUCUCAGCCCGUUCCUGGUGGUGCAGGAGGAACAGGGUCGGUUAGUGUAGCCGUCGUACCGCCUAGCUCGGCGGGCUCGUAUGUGUCCUCGCCGACCUCACCGGGUUCAACGGCACCGUUGAGUGGAGGUGUGCUGAGGAAGAAGAAUCCUCUUCAGCAGCAGUAUGUUGCACCGCAGCCGCAGCAGCCAACUACGGCGGCGAUUUUACGAGCUUUGGACCCGAGUAUGCUUGCGGGUGUGGGUGGAGUGCAGCAGCCUCCACCAAGUUCUGCCGGACAUGCUCAGCCCCUUCCUCCUCCUACGAGUGCUUCUUCACAGCAAUCUCAACAACAGCAUAAAACUCCUCUUGUAUCUGUACCCUCUUUCCGAGCACGGGGAGGAGGAGGAGAUCGUGAACGACAGAUCCCUCAUCCAGCCGAUCACUCACAGCAACAACAACACCAACAUCCUCAUCUCCGCGUACCCGUCUUCCCCACACGAAAAGACAAAUCAAAAAAGCCAUCAGGUCAGGCAGUCGCACCUACCGGCCCGCUAUCCAAUGCGAACGUGAACACGAAUACUGGGCUAAAUACUACUGGCAUGGGCAGGGACCGCAGUCGAUCACUCUCGCUCUCAGACAUCGAGUUCAAUAUUAGUGCUAUUAGAACAAGUAACAGCGAUACAGAAAAUGGGUUUUUGGGUGACUCUGAUCCGGAGGGUGACUCCGUCCGGCUGCGUCGAGGUAGUGGUGAGGAUGGACGCGAUGAAAGGGAUUCACUUGAAAUUGAGAGGAGAGAGAGGGAGAGGAAGUGGCGAGAAAGGGAUUUGGAGAUCGAGGGGAAAGUGGGGAGUGGGAGCAAGAAGCACGGGAGUGGCAGGGAGAGUAAAGGAUUUUUCGAUAGGUUGCAGCAGCAGCUUGGCGAACCUGAGGACGAGAAGGAGCGGGAAAGAAAAGAGAAAAAGGACAGAGAGAAGGACAAGGAGAAGAAGGACAAAGACGAUUGGAAAGCCCAGUGGACGAGUAUCUUCACGAGUGCGAAGGAUAGGGAGAAGAGUAAGAAGAGGGACGCCAAUGCUGACAACAUUGAACCCUUUACCUCCUCUCAACACGGACGCCCGGAGAUAUCGAACCCGAUUCCGCUUGUCCAUCCCCCGCAACACUCCUCAGCACAUUUAAAUCCCAACCCGAACACGUACCCCGACCUGUACGCACAGUAUCAUACGUACCAAGCUCCCGGAGCUCCGGUUAACGUCCUUGCACCCGUCCUCAACAAUGCGAACUCCAAUUCCUCCGCAAAUCCUCAACAGAAUGCGAGUGCAAAUCUUGCGAAUCUGGGUAACAGUCAGCAGCAGCAAGACCCGUUAGUGCGGAUGGUAGGCUUAUUUGUGUCGCCCAGUCCCGAGGGCCUGGAUUGGCCGCUCGCAUUGGAGCUUUGUGAGCAGACGCGGGCUACUACACGGGAAAAGGAAAAAGAAAAGGAGAAGGAGAGAGGGUUUGGACUUGGCGGACUUGCGAUUGCGAUUGGGAGGGAGAGCCGAGAGGGGCGAGAUGGGAAGGACCGAGAUAGGGAACGAGAACGAGGGGAGGGUGGUGAGAGGGACGGGAGAGAGGGGAGAGAAGAGAAAGAGGGAAAGGAGAGGGACGUCAAGGAAGCGGAGGCAAAUUCGAAGAGUAUUGCGAAGGCUUUGAGGAAGGAGCUUAAAUAUGCGAGGCCUUCUGAACAGCUCGGCGCUGUUACGUUAUGGGCUGUGAUGCUUUUGAAUGCGUCCGAUGUCUUCAUUACCCAGACGAGUUCACGCAAGUUCCUCGACGUUGUCGAAGACCUUAUCCUUCAUUCCCGGUUUCCGAUUAUACGGGAUCGGUUAAUAGAGGUAUUGGCUGCUGCCGCGUUUUUGGCAAAAGAUAAGAGUGGCAAAGACUCUGCAAAACGAGAGAACUUUAAGACGUUCUGGAAGAAGGUGAAGCCUGAAGGGUUUCCUGAUGAGGGAAUGCCGUUGUCGAUGGACAACCCUAUGUUCCGCUCUGAGACGAAUGCUUUACCUUCUGUCGUGGAUUUGGAACGGCAGAGAUCGCGUCCACCUAUGGGCGAACGACGGUCUUCUCGAAAUGGCAUCAUACCCGUGGACGAGGAUAUCCGACGAUUGUUCCAGGAGUGUAAGAUCGGACGCGGGAAUGCGCAGUUGUUGAAUGAGGCGCUUGCGUUUGCGACGCCGGAGGAUUUGAAGGAGAAGGAGAUUAUCAAGGAAUUCUACGCGAAAUGCCGUGCCUCGCAAGAACUCAUCCACACGCAGAUUACCUGGGCAUCGGCGAAUGCGGAACGUUCGCGUAUGCGGCGGCUCGAGACGCUCGGGCCUGAUGGCCCGCAGAAUGCGGAUGAAUUGCCACCCACGAGGGAGGAGAGGCUGCUUGGGGAGUUGCUCGUGGCGAAUGAGGAGUUGGCGGAAGCGUUGAGGAUUUAUGGCGAUAUUGAGCGGAUUGGAGUGGAGAGUGAGGCGGAAAGGAAGGCGAGGGAGAGGUCGAAGGUUGAGGUUAGGGCGCGUCCUGAGGAUUAUCAGGCUAGCGGAGAAGCGUCUGGUUACCUCGCUGCACCUGCGCCAUCGAUUGCACCAUCGAGCUCGCGAUCGCAAUCCCCUUCAAGCUUCGUUAUGAACUCGCAGACCUCACAGACAUCUUUCCCACCUCCUUCCGCGUCAGAAAUGGCGAAGCAUACGGGCGAGUUCGCGCCGAAUUCUGCAGCCGCGUUCCAUCAUUAUCAGCAGCAGCAGCAGCAAUAUCAGAAUCAACAUCAUCACCUUGCGCAGGUCCAGAGUCCACCGUAUUCCGGCUCGGAUAGUUCUCAUAGUCAGAGUAUGGGACAUGGACAUGGACAGACGCAGAGUCAAAGUCAGAGUCAUAGCCCAAAUCCAGCUACGAAUGCAAUCUCGAAUUCUGGGCACGGUUACGGUGCCCAAGUUCAGACUCACGGACACCUUACACCUGCACCGAGUCGGUCGUUGUUGCAUGGCCCGAGAUCUCCAGCGAAUUCGGCGGGUGGGGGUUACGGAGCUGGGUAUGCGUAUUCACCGUCUGGUGUGAACGCUGCCGCUUUCCCUGGUACCCCUGGUGUUACUACUGGUGGAGGUGGGGGAGUGGGAGGAGUGUAUUCACGCACGUCGAGCCCUGUUCAUGCACCCCUGUCGUCGGCAGUGUCUUCCCGCCCGAACUCGGUUGUGUACUCCAAUUCGCGUGCGGCGAGUGUGGAUACGAACUUUGAGAGAGAACAAGAAAGGCAGAGGGAGAGAGAAACGGAUUUGUCGGACGUGACGGCUACGUACGAUAAUGUUGUGCAUUCGUAUGCGCAUGGAGAUGGGUCGGCUCCUACUUCGGCUCCUUUGACGUCGAUGACUACUACCAUGCGUAUACCCGCUGCGGAAUGGAUCGAUGCGCCUGAUGGAGGUGUGAAGAUGAGUGAGAAGGCUGCAGGGAAGAGGAGGAUGGUUGAUGACGUCCAAGAGUUCAACGAUGGGUACGCGCCAACUCAACCAAACGGAGACGCAGCAAUAUCUCACCUCGACGAAUAUGGUCCUUCCCCCGAAGGUGGUGGUGGAUUCCAGAACACAGACCACUUUAAUAAUAAUUACAACUAUAACAAUGGCGCCAACUACAACGAGGAAGAGAGAGGGGAUGUAUGGCUCGAUGAUCCGCUUGAUGAAGGGGACGGGAAGGGGAGAGGGUUGGAUAGGUGGAAGAGGAGGACGAGGUACGCGUAUGAUGCUGCAGCGGAGAGGACGAAGGAGAGAGAGAGGAUGAUGCGUGCUGGACUUGUUACAAGUGGGAUGGGGUAGUGUAGAGACUCGGUUCAUAAUGUAUAGUAUGGGACGUGUAUAGAUGCACUUUCAGAGAG